GAGAUUGGUCGUUAAAGAUCUCCGACGUUCGGCUGGAGGAUGAAGGAUUGUAUCAAUGUCAAGUUGGAGGAUCAGGAUCCAGUCCUCCAAUGAAAUCCAGAGAGGGGAAUCUUACUGUUUACAUUGAACCCGAUCCUCCAAGUGUACUGCAGGGAGGAGGGAGCGGAGUACUGAGUACAGGUGCUGGGGAGUGGAUGGAAUUAACUUGUGUUUCUAGAAAUGGAAAACCACCAUCAACGAUUGAUUGGUUGUUCAUGAACAGCAGUACAGUACAGUAUGACGUGAGAACCCGUGUAGAGCAAAUGGGCAGAAUGUUUACAACAAUUUCAACAAUUAAAAUCAAGGUUGGAAAGGAGUUGGACGGAGUUGUUAUAGUUUGUCAAGCACAGAAUAGGAUGGAUGUCACACCACAGACGACUAGGAUAUCUCUUGAUGUCGAGUAUCCACCGGAUGUAAAGGUUGUAUUUGAUGAAGCAAGUGUGAGAGAGGGUGAAGAUCUAAAAAUAUCAUGCCUAGCAAGGAAUCUUCAUUCAAAAUAA